AUGCAUGUGACGUUCAAUGAUGUAGCUGUGUUCUUAACGGAGGAGGAAUGGCGGAGCUUGAGCCGUGGGCAGCUGCAAUUGUACAUGGAAGUCAUGAAUGAGAACUAUGCCAGUUUACAGUCGCUGGGACUUCCAGUCCCAGACUCGGAUCUGUUACGGGGAACUGAACGGCAGAAGUGGAAGAAAAGGCCUUUCGGCGAAGCCGGAGAACAAUCGUACGCUCCUCUCCGAACCGGUAAAACUCCAAAUGGGCUCAUUGAGACGAUAUCAAUGACUUCCGGAUCUACAGAAAGUGAAGUGAACGACUGCAGACCUUCCGAUCCAAACCAGAAGGUUCUGGAACUGAACGGGAAGAAGAACCAUCUUGCCUCUUUCAGGAAGGAAAUGUUACUCGAUUCCAGCCUGCAGCCUAUAUGCCUCGCUUGUAAUGGGAUCCUAAAAUGCUACUGCGACAUUCUGAAACAGAAGAUAAAGAAGCCGUAUGUGUGCGAGGACUGCGGAAAGGGUUACCACCUGCAAAUGUACCUCCUUCUACACCAGAAGUCACACUUCCGGGAACAUUUCUACAAGUGCACUCUGUGUGACAAAAGCUUUGAAAAAAGCGUGGUGUUGAAGAAACACAUGAAAACCCACCUGGACCUGACCAGUAUACACCCGGAUUCUGGGCAGAUAGCCACUGGGACGCCACUGGGCAACCGGCGGAAAGCCGUCAGGACACCACCGAGCGCCCAGCAGGCAGCCUUACACAGCUGUGAGCAAUGCCAAGCAGUCUUCCGCAGCAAAAACCUCCUAAGGAUUCACAGACGGGACCACAAGAAAGUAAAGAAACAUUCAUGUUUGAUAUGUGGGCAGAUUGUCCAGACUUAUGGCCAACUUGACAUACACUUGAAGGGCCACAGGAAGCCCUACGAAUGCACUGUGUGUGAGAAGAUCAGUACCAGUAGGCCAGAUUUCAUAGCCCACCAGCGUGAACACUCUGGGGAGCAGAUGUACAAGUGCAAGGUCUGCAAGAAAGCUUACAGUAGACUGCCUGGUUUUAUUAAACACAUGACUGCUCAUUUAUCUCAGGCCACUCACAUCAACAAUGCAAAGCCGGAGCAGCCACCUCUACCAGCAGAGAACUGGCAGGAGCUUAGGGGAACCAUGCAAAAUGUCUUCUGUGGACUGUCCCAAAAGGAGGAACGAGAUGAAAUACCCCUCAACGUCUGUCACGCCACACUGAAGGUCAACGUGGAUGCAGCGAAGGAAAGGGAACAAACGUUUGGAGCCUUGAACGCAUGCCCCGUCGAAUUUAAACGAUUUAAAAAAGGGAAACGGAAACUGUGCAAAAAAUGCAAUAAAGGUUUCCGGUACCGUGAAUCCCUCAGAAGACACAGAGACUCCCACCGGGUUAGGUUCGCGUGCUACCAGUGCGGACGGGCGUUCUGCAAACUGGUUAAGCUCUACCUUCAUAGGCAUGACCACCAGACCUGCAGGCCGUUCAUGUGUAAGCACUGCACCAAAACCUUCAGCUUCAGAUCGCUGCUCCUCCUUCACCUCAAUACCCACGAUCCUUCGGAAACUGGAAGUAGAUAUCCGUGUGCCUAUUGUAGGAAAGUCUUCAGGUCGCAAGCCAACUGCGUCCUGCACCAUAAAACCCAUGUCUACAAGGCGGCUAAGAGCCCGACAGACAGUGAUGUAGCAAGCUUUAGCAAUAUACAGAUCGCUCCAUUCUCUGACCACACAAGUGUGGAGAAGAAGCCCCUUCAGGAAGCUCCGCCCUCCAAGGUCUAUGUAGGUGGCCUCUGGUGGAGAAUGACCAUAGCCAUGAAUUCAAGGCCGGUCCGGGCUGCAUUAGAACUAAGUGAUACCAGAUUCGAGAAGGCGCGCCUACACAGCUGUGAUUUAAAGGAGAUCUAUGAGUUUACACGGGCCUCAGCUUGUAUUCAGAGCCGUGUGAACACCGAGCUUCAUGCAGCUUUCUGGAAGCCUUUAAAACGCCCCUCAGCUCCAGUUUGGGAAUGUGAAACAGAUCUCGGUGCUAACAGACUUCAGAAGGCUUCCAGCAAGCUUCAGGUUGUGCUAAAAGCUUGUUUUAAACUGACCGUCGGCACUCCCAUUAAAAUCUGA